ACAGCCCUCGAGAGAGAAGGAACGACGCGCACACACCCACCACCUUUCUCUCAAGCAAAGCAGCAAAAUGGGACCUCCUGCGCACCUGAAGCCGAACCACAAGGGCAAAGCCGUGCUUGCCGGAGGUAUCUCUGGUGUGGUGGAGAUCUGCAUGACGUACCCGCUCGAGUAUGUCAAGACCACCCGCCAGCUUAGCAAGGACCCGAAUGUGACGUACGGGUCCGUCAUGAGAAAUACGGUAAAAAAUACGGGAUUUUCUGGGUUCUACCGCGGUCUUUCUUCGAUGGUCUACUUCGCCGCGCCCAAGGCCGCCAUCCGUUUCGGCGCCUUCGAGUUCUGCUCCGGGCUGCUGAGCACGCCGGAAGGGGGAGACAAGUACGGCCUGGGAGCGGCCAAGGGUUUCGUAGCCGGGCUGGGAGCCGGUGCCGCCGAGGCGACGUUAGUAACCACGGCCCAGGAGACGAUUAAGAUCAAGCUGAUCGACGACCAGUUCAGCAGGGAGAAGCCCCUCUACAAGAACUUCUUCCACGGAGUCAAGACCAUCGUCGCGGAGUCCGGGUUUUCGGGGGAUGGUUGCCGAACGGUGCUCAAGGUUUCCACCGCUCAGGCCACCCGCUUCGGAGUGUUCCAGGUGCUCAAGUCUUCUCCCUACUACGGGAAGGACUCUCCCGUAAAAUCGGCCGCGGCUGGGGCUGCGGCCGGUGCGGUAUCGGUGUUCGCUUUCCAGGGUAUUGACGUGGUGAAGAGCCGGAUGCAGGGGCUGGAGUCCGCCCAGUACAGGUCCACCCUCCACUGCGCGAGUGAGAUGCUGAAGAACGAGGGCAUCACCUCCUUCUACCGCGGCAUGGCACCCCGACUGACUCGGGUCAUGUGCGAGGUGGCAAUCACCAUGUCGCUCUACGGCGAGGUGGUCAAGUUCCUCAACAGCGUGUGGAUCACCGACUAAUUCUGCCGGACGGGGGGGGGGAGGGGUUCAGUGGUGUCGUUAUUUGUUCUUUUUUGAUGCCUCCGUUUUCGGGAGCUGGUAAAGUUCCUCAAUAGUGUUUGGGUCACCGACAAAUGCUGUCGGACCACAGCUGGUGGGGGGGGUUCCGUGGUGUCAUUUUUUCUUUUUUUUGUCAUCUUUUUUGUUUUGGAAGUGGGAGGAAAACCGAGUAGCGGGUGUAGGUGGUCAAGGGUAGGCACAGGUUUGGGAGACUGGUGGAGUCAUCGCAAUAUAUUUAUUGGCCCGUUAUCCCCGACUCACUCUAUCCCUCUUUUUGCUAGGGGGGCGGGGGGGUCGGGGCUUAUGUAGUGGGCCCCCGUUGGAGUUCAAUUUUGCCAGUUUUGAGGGAUGUUGGUUUAUAGACAACAAUACCUACGUACGGACACAAUUGAGGUAUGCACACGUGUCAAAACUCUUUUUUUUUUCGAAGACGUGCAAAGCGCACACAAGACACACACAAACAAGAACGGGGCGAUAUUCAUCGAGACACUAUACUGCUUUAGAUGCCGCCACCGAAGCAACAAUAAAAAAAACGUUUAUAGAUGGAUGGCCCCAU